GUCCCUUUGCCAGUCCCCAGCAGUUUCCAGUUCCCUGUGCCUGGAGCUCCAGCUGGUGGUCAUCUCCUGCCCCUUGUGCUGGACGUUGGAUCUAGUGGCCAUCCAGAAAUGCUUGUCUCCUGCUGUUGGUGAAUAACUGCAGACCAUGGAUCAUGCUGAGGAAAAUGAAAUCCCUGCAGAGACCCACAAGUACUAUGUGGAAAGACCUAUCUUCAGUCAUCCUGUCCUCCAGGAGAGGCUGCACGUCAAGGACAAAGUCACAGAGUCCAUUGGGGAUAAGCUGAAGCAGGCAUUCACGUGUACUCCUAAAAAAAUAAGAAACAUCAUUUACAUGUUCUUGCCCAUCACUAAGUGGUUGCCAGCAUAUAAAUUCAAGGAAUAUGUGUUAGGUGACUUGGUCUCAGGCAUAAGCACCGGAGUGCUUCAGCUUCCCCAAGGUCCUUUUGCUGUUAUUAGCUUGAUGAUUGGAGGUGUGGCUGUCCGGUUAGUUCCGGAUGAUAUUGUCAUCCCAGGAGGAGUAAAUGCAACCAACGGGACGGAAGCCAGGGAUGCGUUAAGAGUGAAAGUCGCCAUGUCUGUUACCUUACUUUCAGGGAUCAUUCAGUUUUGCCUAGGUGUCUGUAGGUUUGGAUUUGUGGCCAUAUACCUCACAGAGCCAUUGGUGCGAGGCUUUACCACCGCAGCCGCUGUACACGUGUUCACGUCCAUGUUAAAAUACCUGUUUGGGGUCAAAACAAAGCGGUACAGUGGGAUCUUUUCAGUGGUGUAUAGUACAGUUGCUGUGUUGCAGAAUGUUAAAAACCUCAACGUGUGUUCCCUAGGCGUCGGCCUGAUGGUUUUUGGUUUGCUGUUGGGUGGCAAGGAGUUUAAUGAGAGAUUUAAAGAGAAAUUGCCAGCGCCCAUUCCUCUAGAGUUUUUUGCUGUGGUGAUGGGGACUGGCAUUUCUGCAGGAUUUAACCUGCAUGAGUCCUACAGCGUGGAUGUCGUUGGAACACUCCCUCUGGGGCUACUCCCUCCUGCCAACCCGGACACCAGCCUGUUCCACCUGGUGUAUGUGGACGCCAUUGCCAUUGCCAUCGUUGGAUUUUCAGUGACGAUCUCCAUGGCCAAAACCUUGGCAAAUAAGCAUGGCUACCAGGUUGAUGGCAAUCAGGAGCUCAUUGCCUUGGGGAUAUGCAACUCCAUCGGAUCUCUCUUCCAGACCUUCUCAAUUUCGUGCUCCUUGUCUCGAAGCCUUGUUCAGGAAGGAACCGGAGGGAAGACACAGCUUGCAGGUUGUUUGGCCUCGUUGAUGAUUCUGCUGGUCAUAUUAGCCACUGGAUUUCUCUUUGAGUCAUUACCCCAGGCCGUCCUUUCCGCCAUUGUGAUCGUCAACCUGAAAGGAAUGUUCAUGCAGUUCUCAGACCUGCCCUUUUUCUGGAGAACCAGCAAAAUAGAGCUGACCAUCUGGCUCACCACAUUUGUGUCCUCCCUGUUCCUGGGCUUGGACUACGGACUGAUUACUGCUGUGAUCAUUGCCCUGCUCACUGUGAUUUACAGAACACAGAGUCCAAGCUACAAAGUCCUGGGACAGCUCCCCGACACCGAUGUGUACAUUGACAUAGAUGCGUAUGAGGAGGUGAAAGAAAUUCCUGGAGUAAAAAUAUUCCAAAUAAAUGCCCCGAUUUACUAUGCAAAUAGUGACUUGUAUAGCAAUGCUUUAAAAAGAAAGACUGGUGUGAACCCAGCACUCAUUAUGGGAGCAAGAAGAAAGGCCAUGAGGAAGUAUGCGAAGGAAGUUGGAAAUGCCAACAUGGCCAACGCGACUGUUGUCAAAGUGGACGCAGAAGUAGAUGGAGAAAAUGCUACAAAGCCUGAAGAAGAGGAUGAUGAAGUCAAAUUUCCCCCAAUAGUCAUCAAAACAACAUUUCCUGAAGAGCUGCAGAGAUUUUUGCCCCAGGGGGAAAAUGUCCACACUGUCAUUCUAGACUUUACACAGGUCAAUUUUGUGGAUUCUGUUGGAGUAAAAACUCUGGCCGGGAUUGUGAAAGAAUAUGGAGAUGUUGGAAUUUAUGUAUAUUUAGCAGGAUGUAGCCCACAAGUUGUGAAUGACCUCACCCGCAACAAUUUUUUUGAAAAUCCUGCCUUAAAAGAGCUGCUGUUCCACAGUAUCCACGAUGCAGUCUUGGGCAGUCAAGUCCGAGAGGCAAUGGCUGAGCAAGAAGCCACAGUUCCACCUCCCCAGGAGGACAUGGAGCCCAAUGCCACACCCGCCACUCCCGAAGCAUAAGGACCUGCAUGGGCUUGUGCACCUCUCCCGACAUCUGAGCUUACACACUUUAAAUACCAGGUCAUAGGUUUUCUUUCCACCCCCUAAGGGAAAUGCUAGCAGUUAUAGCUCGACUAGGAGGGUGAA